UUCUGUAUUCUUCCCACACGUCCUGAGAGGGACUGUUUGGAAAUGCAUGUGUGAAUAAUGCUGUUGUUUUCCUGGACAUUUCCCCUGGUGCUGAUCAGUGCAGCUCAGACGUGCCAUCAGCAAGAGGAGGGCAACAUGUCAGAACGAUGCCAUCCUCCUGGCUGUAUCUGUUAAAUACUCUCCUUCAAAGGAAACUCACUAGAGGAGGAGGAAUCCUGUUAAUGCUUUAGUAAGCAGACUUUGGAGUGGCGUCUCUGAUAUAAAGACUUCUCCACGAGUAUUUCUCUGGAGUACCAUUAUGGAUUCGGAAGUAUGUGUUCUGGAGCUUCUUGGUGUAUUCCUCUCUCUGAGCGCCUGGCUCUUCUCAUUAACCACCACUCUGAUGUCGCAGUGGCUCACUCUGUCCACCGAACUUCUUCCUGCUGAGAGCUACGAACUGGGACUGUGGGGCACAUGUGUGGUGCAGGAGCUGGGGGUUCUGGAGUGUCAGCGAUAUGACAGCCUCCUUGGACUCCCUCCGGAUAUCCGUUUGGCUCGGAUCCUUAUGUGUGCCGCCUUGGCAACUGGUUUACUGGGAAUAUCCUUUGCAAUCCCAGGCAUCUACCUGGUCAACAGUUGUAAAGGUUCUGAGACUCUCAGAGAGAAGAGGACGCUGAAGAUGAUGGGGGGAGUGCUGUGUUUUGCUGCAGGAAUUAUGGCCCUGAUUCCUGUGUCAUACAUAGCCCAUCUGACCGUUCUGAGAUUCUUCGAUGAGUCCAUUCCUGAUGUGGUUCCACGCUGGGAGUUUGGUCAGGCACUGUUCUGGGGCUGGACUGCAGCAUUUCUGCACAUUGUCGCUGGAUCAUUGCUUAUUACCUCCUGUGUCUGUCUGCAAGAUAUACCAUGUCCACUGCCAGAGUCUGUACCACUGCGAGGAAGACAUGCCAGUCCUGAAAUUUCUCCAGGAAGGAGGACAGAAUAUGUGUGAUAUGUGUUAGGAGAUAGGUAUUUAAAAUGUUCUCUUUCCAUUAGCCACAAACCACUAAACCACAAAGAUAGUGUUUUGGUGAAAUGGAACCGUGCUGGGCAUGAUGUGCAAAAUUACAAGAUGCUGCUCUUUCACCAUUUUCUUUCUAAUAAAGGUAAUUUCAUUUUUAUAUUUCAAUGUUUAAAUUUCAUACUGCACACAGAGGACUGUUACAAAUCAGUUCAAGCAAGAUAAAGCGUUUAAAACAUAUACAGUAUUUAUGAGAUUUCAUUAAUUGACCAUGCUUGGAAAAUAUAGGUUAUGGCAAGACAGUGUUGGUAUAUAUGCAGGGUUAGAGACAUCAAAAAAAUUAUUAGCUUUUCUAGAACACAAGAGAAAGCUCAGUGCUUAGCGUCAUGGAUUAGUAACCUAAAACAUUAAAGUGUGAUAAAUGUGAUAAUAUAGCUAGCUUGCUAGUUAAUAGUUUUAUUAGAAUGUGUCUUUACACAAUCAACACAAAGUCAGUGUUUCAGCUAUGAGCUUUGGUGUUCUGUCCUUGCAUUGAGCAUAAAGCAUAUUAUUUCGAGCAUUGGUAUUGUUUGUCUGUAUGUGUAAUCAUAUUGGAACUGUGUGGUUGUGCUUGCAGGUGAUUUAUAUGAUUGCUUUGCAUCAAACUUUAGUUAGAUUGUUCUCAACAGUGUCAGCGCACACAUCUGUACGUUCCUGAUUCUAAUACAGAGUAGUCAGUGUACAGUUGAGUACUGUUACUUUUUUUUUUAUUUGAAUGUUUGGAAUUCAGCAUUAAUCCCCAAGAAUAUAAUCAAAUAUUGUAUUUUGAAGCAUAAACUUUCUGAGAAAGUUGUUACACUGCUACUGUAACAUAUGCAUGUCAGUGCAUGUUACUGUUUGAUAUACAGUAUGUGAUCCAAAUACUUUCAAAUGCGAUGACAUUUUAAAUGCGAUGGCGUUGUGUUGUUUUCCUGCUUUCUACCAUCAGAUGAUGUAUAUAUCGUAUUAUAUUAUCAUAUAGUCAUGUCAAAACCUGGUAAUGAAACGUGUGGAAUAAAAGACAGAAUGCUAAUAUGCCAAAAAAAACAAUGUAGCAUUUUUACAAGAACAAAUUGAUAGCAAUAUAUCAUUUAGUGUAAAGGAAAUGGGUAAUGAUUUAUAUCUAUUCAUCAAAGAAAAUGAUGUUAUCUGUUUUAACAGUUAUCGCUUUUACCUGUACAUAUCACAUGGGCCUGGUUUUUGUUGUGAUUUGUUUGAGUUGCAAACAUUAUUUGGAUGUUUUAUUCUGUUUAUUCCGCUUUAUUUAUCUUAAAAAAAAACUAAAUGUAUAUAUCGUGUGAGCUGAUAUUUACCUAUUAUUUCUACGGCUUUUAAUUUUGUUUAUUAAGUAAAAAACAAAGCAGAACAGGUUCUAUUAAUACGUUUUGUUCUACUACAGAUGGUACUUGUGGAUGAUAUCUGUGCUGAAGAUUAAAUUGAACCAAUAAUAUAAAUAUUAAGGAAUAAAGACAAAAAGAAAUGUUAAAAACUGCCUGUUUUGCACACAAAUUAUUGGAUGUUUAAUGGGUUCAUUUUCUGUGCACCAAGCUUUGUGACAAAGAAACCUGACAAAGCAGGA